GUCAAGCCCCGAGACAUAGACUACUCAGCCAGAGGGAAGUUCUAACCAGAGCUGGCCAAAGUGCCACGAGCUUGGCAGUGGCAGGAACUGCAGCAGGCUGUACUUACGCCGCAGCGAGGCGACAGUUCCGGACACGAAGCUCGCGGCAGGUCGCAAAGGUGGUUCGCCAAGCCAUCGUGCAGAUGCAUGAGGCCACGGUGCGAAGGGCUGGCGAGGAGAUUCUGUCCAAUGUGGACUUUGAAGUCCCUGUUGGCGCUCGUGCUGUGAUAGUUGGACCCAAUGGCUGCGGCAAGACAACACUGCUCACGACCAUUGCCAAUCGUGAUUCCGUGGAAGGCGGCUUUUUGGAUAUUGAUGCCUCCUCCAUUGGAUGGCUCAGACAAGAAGCAAUUAGUGGCUCCAAGAAGACUGUCUAUGCAGAAGCAGCGUCGCAGAUGCCAGCAAUGGCCGCCAAGAAGGCUCUUGAUGAGGCCCAGGCUGCGCUGGAAGAAGCAAAGAGUAAGGGAACGAAGAUGGCAGAGAAACUCACGGCGGCUUAUGAAGAGGCUGUGGCCAAGUUCGAAGCGGCUGGUGGGUGGGCAUUGAAGGCCAAGGUGGCAAGUGUUCUCAAUGGUUUGGGCUUCACCGAUGCAGACUUCGACAAGUCGUGUUCAGAGCUCAGCGGUGGCUGGCAGAUGCGUGUUGCCUUGGCGCGAGCAUUGCUACAGGAACCGCAACUUUUGCUUUUGGAUGAGCCUACCAACCACAUGGAUGCAGCGGCAAAAGGAUGGCUUGCAUCCUAUUUGGCCAAAGGUUUGUCAACGUCGAGCACUUUGCUGCUGGUCACGCAUGAUCGGGCGCUUUUGGAUGAACUGCACUGUUCCCAAGUCUUCGAGAUUUCUGAGAGGAGAGUCCUGCGCUACGAUGUUUCAGGGAUUGCUGAUUGGGAGAAGGACAGGAAAAUCAGGUUAGCCAAUUUGCAAAAGGAGAUGGAGAAGCUUCAGAGAACCAUAGCACAUGAUGAGGACUAUGUGGCAAGAUUUGGUGCGAAGGCGAGCCAUGCAGCCCAGGCACAAGCGCGCAAGAAGAAGAUUGCGAAAGCGCAGAUCCGACUAGCGGAUCUACGUGCCCAGACGCGAGGCCUACCUUCAACAGCAAUCUUGGAUGGGAAGAACAAGCGGACAGCUGAAGGUGACGAGGAAGAAGAAGUUGAUCUGACAGACGGCUUGCUUCCUCUGUCUGGUCCUGGAAGGGUUAAAUUUCAACUCCCGGAGUGGCCAUUGAGUGCGUCUCCGCCUUUGGAUGGUAAACUUCUGAGACUGAAAGAUGCAGAUAUUGGCUACAAGACUGGUGAACCUGUCCUCAGGGUGGAGGAGCUUGUGCUUCAACAAGGGCAGUGCUGUGCCUUACUGGGGCCUAAUGGCUGUGGCAAGACCACCUUGCUCAAGACCUUAGCGGGUCAACUGGAGGUGCGUGCUGGUGCGCGGAUUCUGGGUGUUGGAAAUCUUCGAAGAGCAAGGGUUGCCUUUUUUACUCAAGACUUGGCACAGGACCUACCCAGCGACAUCACUCCUAUAGAGCAUGUUCUGGCAGACGAUGCUCCCAUCAUGCUGGAUGAAGAGGGUGCACGGAAAGCGCUAGGGGCCUUAGGGCUGCGAGGUGCCUGCCACAAGGCCAAGAUCGGCACACUGAGCGGUGGUGAGAAAGCUCGGGUGGCGCUGGCAGUGUUUGCAACACGACCCGCCGACAUCCUUUUGCUGGAUGAGCCGACGAAUCACUUGGACGGUGCGGCAGUGGCCUCUCUAUGUGCAGGCCUCCGGGAACACAACGGAGUGGUUUUGGUCGCAUCUCACGACAAAGCGUUUCUAGAAGCCUUGCAAGUGACCGACAAAAUAAAUGUCGUUCGUGGUAGCGUAGGAGAACCGGGGCACUUAAGAGUUGACAGCGGCCCGUAUGAGCGAACACUGGGAAGCCAGCCCAAAGUGGAAGAUGUUGCCAGCGCCACACCCCACGCAACGGAAGCCGUUGCUGCCGCAGUUGUGCCAGGCCCACCCAGAAAGGCAGCCUCCGCGAGCAAGGCCAAACUCAAGCGACAGCUCUCCACCGUCAUGCGCAAAAUCGAAGAGGCGGAAGCAGCUCUUGAAAAGGCUGGCGAAGCGUUGAAUGAAGAAUACAAUGAUGAUACUUUGAAAGGGUAUGAGGCCGCGACCUCCGAAGUGGACAAGCUCUACGAGUCAAUGCAGCUCUUAGAAGAUGAACUGGCCAUGGCGUGA